AUGGCCGUCACCGCCUCCAUCAACCCCCCGGCCUCGGCGCCCUCCACCACCACCAAGACCACCACCAACGGCACCACCACCGCCACCCCGCCAACCGACAAAGACCUCGCCGCCCUCCUGACCGUCCACCACGGGCCCAACUUCACCACCAAAGCCGUGUCCAACGUCUCGCUCCCGCCCAACGCCGUCUUCGCGCGCAUCACGCUCGCGACCCCCGCGCCCGCGCCCGUCUACACCACCGUCCAGCGCGGCGCCGACGCCCACGUCGAGCUCAACUCGGACCUGCGCUACGUCAACCACUCGUGCGAGCCGAACCUCGUCUUCGACAUGGACGCGAUGGAGGUGCGGGUCGGUAGCGAAAGGGGACUGCAGGCGGGGGAUGAGUUGACGUUUUUCUAUCCGAGCACCGAGUGGGUCAUGGAUCGCGGGUUCGAGUGCGCGUGCGGCAGCGCGGCGUGUCUGGGGCUGGUGGAGGGGGCCAAGGGCAUGGAUGAGCGGACGUUGGGGCGGUAUUGGGUGUCGCGGCAUGUGAGGGAGUUGAGGGAGAGGCAGCGGAUGGAGAGGGUGAGCAAGAGGGUUAGCAGUGGGGGGUUGGAUGCGCUCGGCGGGAAGAUGCCGUUGGGGUUUAGGAGCGUGGCCGGGGGUGGGGUUGUGUAG